AUUUAUAUAUAUAUCUUCUCUCCUCUUUUGAAUAUUAAAGCUUUCUUAUUAUGGAUGUUGAAAUCGACCAUUACAAUGUUCUGGGGCUACCUUCCGGCGAAGAAGGUGCUAAACUCUCCGACCAAGAGAUCACCAAAGGCUAUCGAUCGAAAGCCAGGGAGCUGCACCCCGACAAAAGACCCGACGACCCUCAGGCAAACGCUAAUUUCGUAAAGCUUCAAACUUCGUACGAAGUUCUCAAGGAUGAAAAGGCGAGGAAGUUAUUCGACGACCUACUCAGAGUUAAAAGGGAGAAGCUUGUUCGACAGGGUCAGCACGACUCGAAGCGGAGGAAGAUGAUGUCGGAUCUCGAAGAGAGAGAAAGAUCCGCUUUUGCUGUGGACCCCACCGCUAGAGCUCGAGAAGAGGAGGAGAGAAUUUCCCGUCAAUUGAAGGCGGAGAUUGCUAGGAUUCGUGCAAUGCGUACGAACAAAACGGCAGCUGGUACAACACCUUUCAAGCAGGAAACAACGAGGGGUGAAAAGGAGAGCACGGAUUGUGGAAGUAAUGGAUUGGAUAAGGAGAAGGUACUUAAAGUUUCGUGGGAGAAGAUUGGUGGCGAUUACACUGCGAAGAUGCUUAAAGAAAUUUUCGAAGAAUUUGGCGAUGUAGAAGAUGUGGUUAUCAAGAGUUCGAAGAAGAAAGGGUCGGCUCUUGUAGUAAUGGCGUCUAAAGAUUCUGCUGUUUCUGCUACUGGGAAUAUGUUGGGUAAUAUAUCGAAUCCGCUCCUAGUUCUGCCGCUUCAACCAGCUCCGUCUCCAGUUGUUUUCAGUCAUGAGAAGAAAAACGAGUCCGAUGGGCCAAAAUUAGGCAAUUUGGUCGGUGCUGGUUAUCAGGCGUUUGAAGAUUCGGUAUUGGAUAAAUUAAAAAAGGCUGCUGAGAAGCAAAAGUGACUUGUUAAAGAAUCUUGGAGGAGGUGUGAACAAGAAGAUUAUUUGAUCUGUUUAAAACGCAUAAGGUAUCUCGCAAUGGCUGUAAUUCUAUGUUAUAUUAAUAGAUCUUAUUAUGAUUGAACGAUCAACGUUUGUUCUGUCUGCAUACUCUGUAUUUAUUUUUUCAGUAAUUGAUGCGAAAAUCCAAAUAUUGGUUGGGUAUUUGUUAUUCGAAGUUAUACAUCUAAUUGUUAAAAAAAUUAAUUCAACAAGGUGUAAUAGGGGUAACCGAAACUUUCUUGUGAAAUUUGCAUCAGAAUUGUUUCACAAGAAAAA